AUGUCACUGCACGACCAAGAGAGGAGCUCUGCUAGAGUAGACGAGCAAUCGCAUGCAAAGAGCAGUUCAAAGAAAGACAUUCUGUCAGUUCAGGAGAGAGUUAAACUAUUAGAGGAUCAGAUAAAACAAAAGAACGAUGAGUAUCUAAAAUUAACAGAUGUAAUUGAAAAGCUGAAGAUCAUAAACACCCUUCUCUACAAAGAAGUAUGCAAAGAAUACAAUACACUAAGUAUUCCUGUAGAAGACGAAUAA